AUGAACAUCAAUGGCGCUCGCAGAGAUCCUCGUUCUGCGCCUGGACGAUCAGCAUACGUACCUCCUCACCUGAGAAACCAAGCGCCUCCUCCUCCUGCCCCUGCCGCCACCCGAGGCAAUAACAACAGCGAUGUUGGCGGCUGGGAUGCGCCAAUCCGCUCCAGCACCAACAAUCGCCAAUCGUCGGGCGGAUGGGGCGGUGCUUCAGAGAGCGGAUACAACCGUGGCUGGGGCAAUGACCAUUCAGGCUCGCGCGGUGGCGGUGGCGGUGGCGGUGGCGGUGGUGGCGGUGGUGGCAGCUGGAACGAGCGCGCUUCUUACUCUGGUCAGGGCGGUCGUCGCAACGAUGGCGGCUCGUCGGGGUAUCCUCGCUUGGACCGCGACGUCGGAACCUUCAAGAAUGGCGUCCAAAUCCCCGCUGCUCGCAACGCUCGUCUGGAACGUGAGCUCUACGGAACCGAAGACAAGGAACGCACUAAUACCGGUAUCAACUUUGAAAAGUAUGACGACAUCCCUGUCGAGGCUUCAGGAACCAAGGUCCCGGAACCUAUCUUGUCCUUCACCAGCCCUCCUCUGGACCCCCUCCUGCUUGAGAACAUCGAACUUGCCAAGUACACCCAGCCGACUCCUGUCCAGAAGUACUCGAUCCCUAUUGUCAGCGCCGACCGUGAUCUGAUGGCCUGUGCUCAAACAGGCUCAGGAAAGACUGGUGGUUUCCUCUUCCCCAUUCUCUCAGAGCUGUUCAAGCGUGGACCUUCACCCACUCCCGAGAACAACGGCGUGAGCCGUGGUCGCAAGGCUUACCCCUCGACCCUCAUUCUGGCUCCUACCCGAGAGCUGGCUUCUCAGAUCUGGGAAGAGUCUCGCAAGUUCUCUUACCGUUCCUGGGUCCGCUCCUGUGUCGUGUAUGGUGGUGCUGACAUCGGUCAACAACUUCGACAGAUCGACCGAGGCUGUGACAUGUUGACCGCCACUCCUGGACGUCUUGUCGACCUGAUUGAGCGUGGUCGCAUUUCUCUGGCCAAUGUGCGGUACCUGGUACUUGACGAGGCGGAUCGUAUGCUGGACAUGGGUUUUGAACCCCAAAUCAGACGCUUGGUCGAGAAGGAGGACAUGCCCGGUGUGAACGAGCGCCAUACUCUAAUGUUCUCGGCUACGUUUCCACGCGACAUUCAACAUUUGGCUCGCGACUUUUUGCGCGAAUAUGUCUUCCUGUCAGUAGGCCGUGUUGGUUCGACCUCGGAGAACAUCACUCAGAAGAUUGAGUACGUCGAGGACAGUGACAAGCGGUCCGUGUUGCUCGACAUUCUUCAUGCUCAGCCCAAGGGCGACAUUGGCCUGACGCUGAUCUUCGUCGAGACUAAGCGCAUGGCGGACAACCUCUCGGAUUUCCUACUUGGUCAAAACUUUCCCGCCACGUCGAUUCACGGAGAUCGUACCCAGAACGAGCGCGAGCGUGCUCUCGAUAUGUUCCGGUCCGGACGAUGCCCCAUUAUGGUUGCGACUGCCGUUGCCGCUCGUGGACUGGAUAUCCCUAAUGUCACCCACGUUGUGAGCUACGACUUGCCCUCGGAUAUCGAUGACUAUGUCCACAGAAUCGGUCGUACUGGUCGUGCCGGAAACACUGGUAUCGCAACCGCUUUUUUGAACCGUGGGAACAAGGGUGUCGUCCGCGACCUGAUCGAUUUGCUGAAGGAAGCGAACCAGGAAGUCCCUGGCUGGCUCGAGACCCUUGGACGUGAGGGCAGCUACAACAGCUCCGCCCCCCGAGGCCGAGGACGCGGUCGUGGACGCGGUCAGGCGCGUGAUGUGCGUCGAGGCGGCGGUGGGGGCGGCGGUCAGUGGUCGAACAGUGGCGGAUAUGGCGGUGGUGGAAACAAUGGCGGCUACGGAGGUGGAUAUGGUGGCGGCGGUGGAUAUGGUGGUAAUGGCGGUGGUGGAAGUUGGUUCUAA